AUGUACAUGGCCUCGUGGUUAUCCACUUGUUCACCUAGCCGUAGCAGGCGGGCCGAUGUCACUCAUUUGCUUGUGUUCACUUCAGUCGGCAAAAAGCCCAGCAAAGCCGGAAACGGCAGUCGCAUGCGCAAACCAAGUGCGCUUUUGGAUAAGCCCACGGCUGCCAAGCGACUUGGGAAAGUCGCCAAACAUCCAAAGGUCUAA